AUGAAAGAAAAGGAGAAGCAGAUAAUAAACUCGGAGGAGAUGAAGCACGCAACGGACUUGGCUCAGAAGGCAGCAGACUCAGCAGAAGCAGCAAAGAGUGUGGUGGAAAUUCAGACAGGUACUUUUGCGGCUCUCUACUUUUCUGGUGGUGUCAGCAGCAGCAUAGAUAGAAAUCUCUCUUUUUACAAAGAGAAAUUGAGAUGUGGUCUCGUCAAUAUCAAGAAAGAUGAAGCUGUUGCUUUGUUUCAAACGAUGAUUGAGUCUCGUCCUCUUCCUACGGUUAUAGAUUUCAACAGAUUGUUUAGUGGUAUUGCUAAAACAAAACAGUAUGAUCUCGUUUUAAGUCUGUGCAAGCAAAUGGAACUGAAAGGGAUUGCGUAUGAUCUCUACACGCUGAGCAUUGUCAUUAAUUGCUUCUGCAGGCGACAGAAACUUGGUUUUGCUUUUUCUGUUAUGGGGAAGAUUUUGAAACUUGGGUAUGAGCCUAACACAAUCACAUUCUCUACUUUGAUUAACGGUUUAUGUCUCAAGGGUAAAGUUUAUGAAGCUGUGGAGUUAGUUGAUCGUAUGGUGGAAAUGAAGGUUAUACCAAAUCUCAUCAUACUCAACACUAUUGUCAACGGGCUUUCUCUCCAAGAUAGACUGUCCGAAGCAAUGGCUUUGAUUGAUCGAAUGAUGGUCAAUGGAUGUCAACCCGACGCAUUUACCUACGGUCCGAUUUUGAACAGAAUGUGCAAGUCAGGGAACACUGCCUUGGCCUUGGAUCUUCUCAGAAAGAUGGAACAUAGAAAGGUCAAGCCUCACGUAGCCACGUUCAACAUCAUCAUUGACAGUCUUUGCAAAGAUGGGAGGCUCGAAGAUGCACUCAGCCUUUUCAAUGAAAUCGAAACCAAAGGGAUCAAAGCAGAUGUCUUUACCUACAACUCUCUCAUUGCAAGUUUCUGUAAUGUUGGUAGAUGGGAUGAUGGUGCACAAUUUCUGAGAGAUAUGAUUACAAGAGAAAUCACCCCCAACAUUGUCACCUUCAAUGCGUUGAUUGAUAGUUUUGUGAAAGAGGGAAAGCUUACUGAGGCUAAAGACUUGUACAAUGAGAUGAUCACAAGGGGGAUAGAUCCUAAUACCAUUACAUAUAAUUCUUUGAUAUAUGGGCUGUGCAUGGGGAACCGCUUAGAUGAGGCCAACCAGAUGCUGGAUCAGAUGGUUAACAAGGGAUGCGAUCCUGAUAUCGUAACGUUUAAUACUCUUAUAAACGGAUACUGUAAGGCUAAAAUGGUUGAUGAAGGUAUGAGACUUUUCCGCAAAAUGUCUACGAGAGGAGUGGUUGCCGAUACAGUCACUUAUAGCACUCUCAUCCAAGGCUUUUGUCAAUCAGGAAAACUUAAUGUUGCAAAAGAACUCUUCCAAGAGAUGGUUUCUCAAGGUGCUCAUCCUGAUAUUAUGACUUAUGGUAUUUUGCUGGAUGGUUUGUGUGACAAUGGAGAACUAGAAGAGGCUUUGGGAAUACUUGAAAAAAUGCACAAGAGUAAGAUGGAACUUGAUAUUGGUAUCUAUAAUAUCAUCAUUCACGGGAUGUGCAACGCAAAUAUGGUCGAUGAUGCUUGGAAUCUAUUCUGUAGCCUCCCUCUCAAAGGAGCCAAGACUGAUGUUAAAACAUAUAAUAUAAUGAUUGGAGGGUUAUGUAAGAAAGGCUCAUUGUCUGAAGCGGGCAUGUUGUUUAGAAAGAUGGGAGAGGAUGGGAUUGUGUCAAAUAGUGGUUCAUACAACACAUUAAUCCGAGCACAUCUCCGAGAUGGCGACUUAAUCAAAUCAGCUGAACUUAUCGAAGAAAUGAAGAGGUGUGGCUUCUCAGCAGAUGCUUCCACUAUAAAGAUAGUUAUGGAUAUGUUAUCGGAUGGUAGAUUGGACAAAAGCUUUCUGGAUAUGCUUUCUUAAAUGCCUCAUCUAACCAUGAGACAGUGCCGGUUAGUGUUCACGAGUUAGUUGGUUUUAUUAGUUGAAACAAGUUUUUUUUAUGUAUAAGGGCAAUGUGGGUUUUCUGGUCUGUCCUUAAAGUACAACAUAGGCAUUGCUUUGCGAAAGGUUUCUUGGCUUAGGAAAGGUUUGGGAAAUUUUCAAGAUAUUAAACACGACUGAGCAAGCUCUCCUUUAAGCUGUGUCUUUUCUCACAAUGUUCAUCUGUGUACUUUGCUUUUUAGGUUUUAGGUGUAACGUUACG